GCAUUGCAGCGAAACUGAGCAAACUCGUGUCCUUUCAGCUUUUUGUUGUUUGCUUGUUGCCGGGCGGUGUCUUCAAGUCUUUAGCUCUCGCGGAAACGCAUCGAAUUCGUUUCGUUAAAAAUUCAUGUUCAAAUAAUGGUAACGGAGUCUUGAUCUGCAGCUGGCUCUCGAGUAGCUAAUUUCGUCUUUACUGCCCGAGUACCGAGUUGGACUUUUUGGUUGGUUAGAGAAAAGAAAAAUUGGCGGAAAGUCGAUAAUUUCAAGGUUGGUUUUUUUUGCUAGAUCAAAAGCAGCAGAUCGUCAAGAGCAGGUCAAGAGCCUAGAAUCCUCUACGAAGAGGUUUUCCUUAUUAGUCUGAUGUUUUCUUUGGACUUGAAGAACUUCAUUUCUGCUUGAUUGAUUGUUCACAUGGACCGUACGCCGUGCUCUCAACUUUCUUGGUGUGGAUGUUCAGCUCUGAAUGUUAAUUUGCCACAAACACAUAGCUGAAUUUUAGAGAGGAAUUCUGAAAUUCUUGCCAUGGAGUUAGCAAUCAGAGGAAAAAACAAUGACUACAUAAUACAUAGACAGCAGCAGGCCCUUUUAAAUCAUUACGAUUAUCCACUAUUGAAGACGAUCUUCCUGUCCACGCCAGUGGCUUUACUUUCACGACGACGAGAGCUUCUUAAUCUCUUCAGUGCAGACAAGCCUGUUGAAGAACUCGCAAGGUUGGUUCUCACCCUCAUUGUCGACAGAAAAGGGCCUUUGAUUGAGUUGAGAGUUUUAGAGCUGCUCAAAGUACUUCCCGAGGAUGUCAGGGAGAAGGUGAUCACAGUCAUGUUGCUGUCUUCUGUUGAUACGAUUUGCAAAUUAUCCAAGCAAUUCGAUUCGAAUAACUUCAAACGCAGACAGUCGGCACAGAGGCUUGCAGAAAUUUUUGCAUGCAUAUGCAAAAACAGGCAGGAUCCAUGUCUGUUCUUGCGAGUUCUCAUCAGAUUAUUUGAAAAGGCAUUAUUAUGCGACCGUGACCUUUGGUACAUCCGUUUGAUAUUUGUCCACGCGUUCAAAGCAUGGCCCUUUGUGGACAGCAAAUUGUUCGAAGAGUGUAUCAACACAAACCAGGAAAAGUUUUCAAAGGCAAAAAUACACAUCUUGAUCCGGAAGCUCAAUGAUGCCGCCAGAGAUUGUGAUAAUGCUGUUCGGUACGGUAUUCUUAUUGCCCUCAACAAUGACCAGCUACGAAAUUUUGCAAAUUCCUGUCUGCUCCCAAUGGCCAUGGCAUUCAUGCAGAAUCCUCGGAAAAGUGCCUGGGCGAUUGUCACUCUGGCCAUUACUUGUUGCCUUCGUAAAGAUACCUACUUGCAAGCCUCACUUCGCCGGGCCUUUGAGACCUUUAAAAGACAUUCUACCAGUUUUGUCCCACUGCAAGUCUCCGAAGCGAUUGUCAGAGCAAAGAUAUUCUUGGAACAGAACAGCUUCAUAAAGAUGGAUUUGAAAAUUCCGCAACAUGCAGAGUACAUACAGCUCCUCUGCAAAAAACUGGAGACACAAAAGUUGCUUCUCAGUCCUGCUGCCUUUCCUUUAAAGAACUCUGUGUUGGAAAUCUUCAAUUUGGAAUAUACAAUAACUGAAAACCUGAGAAGUUUGGGACUCCAAGCACCAGAGGCAUCAGUCACAUUGCAUUGCCUAACACCAGAUAUUAGCUGCAGCAGUACCACCGUCAAAAAAGAGCAAAACAUUUCGCACUCUCCACCUCCUAAACAAAAAAGACCCUCAAUACCUCCAGAUUCAAAAAGACCCUUGUCCCCUUCACCACCUCCAAAACUAAAUCGAAUGUCAUCAAAUAAGCCUUCGUCUCCAGCUUACAGAAUCUCCUCCACCAUCACCCAAGUGCUCCAGAACAAAAUACGAUAAUGAGCGCACAGUUCAUGAAGCUUUGAAAAAACUCGUCCAUUCCUCUAUGGACUUCACCGCGUCCGACAUUCAGAACUUUUGCCAGGAGGUAUGUGCAAUGCUGCCUUCAACCAAUGAAGAUUUGCUUGCAAAGUACUUAAUUCAAACCUUCAUGGAAGUCUGCGGCAAAGAAUUUGAGUGGCCUUUUAUUAUCACGUGCCUUAUGCUGACCAGCUCAGGUUGGUCGUCAGUUGUGAAAAACGUUGUGCAGGUCCUGCCAAGUUUUGUCAGCACAGAUGGACAAGCAAAAUCUGCAGCCGAGCAGUUCGGUCGCGUUGCUGCUCAGCUUUGUCUGCAAACGAAGCAAAAGCAGCUUCUGAUCUCAUUCCUGGCCAAAGUGGUUGUCAACCAAAGCCCAGAGUUCCUCAGCGUCUGCAAUACUGCUAUUAAUGUGUGGCCCGAGGUUAUUGCUAGCUGUGCUGAAGACGUGACUAGCAAAGCUCUCGCCUUGACUUUGUGGAAAUUGACCUCCCCUGAGGAGCUGAGAGUAGCAGGAGUUGUUGAGGAGAGUCAACGCAUUCCAUUGGCAAAUCUCCACACCAAGCUCACCCUGAGUUAUCUUCUUAUCUCGGUGUUUAAUGGCAUUGAAAUAUAAAUGCUGAUAUCAAGUUUGAUUUAAUAUAAUUUUUUUUUUUUAAUAUUAAAAUUUGUGCUCAAAUAUUUAACUUGCAUUCAGUAAAAUGCAUUUAAUAACUAAUUUUCUGGGCAUCAUAUCGAUAUUUCUUCAUAUUCAAUUAUGCGUAUACGCUUAAUGAAUUGGCAAGUAAAUUUUAGUUUUUAAAACUUGAGAAGCCAUUUUUUGGCAAUAAUUUCAAAUUUAAACUACACAGUAACAACCAUAAUAUUAUAUAUUUUUGUAGAGACUUGAUUUGAUUGUGUGUCAAAUAGAU